AUGCCACAUCCGUCCUGUGCUCGGCGCUGGGCCAUGCCCAAGAAGGCGAAGCAGGCGGACCUGAAGAAGCUGGCCAUCUGCGUCGGCCUGGGCGCCGCCAUCUGGGCCAUCCCCGCCCCCGCCGGCGUGGGCCUGCCGGCCUGGCGCCUGCUGGGCAUCUUCCUGGGCACCAUUGCCGGGAUCAUCACGCAGCCCCUCCCCCUCGGCGCGGUGGCCAUGAUGGGCCUGGGCGCCGCCCAGCUCACGGGCAUCCUCACCUUCCAGGCCGCCUUCAGCGCCUUUGCCAACGAGAUCCCCUGGCUCAUCGCCAUCGCCUUCUGGCUGUCGGGUGGCUUCAUCCGCUCCGGCCUGGGCGCGCGCAUCGCCUACUCCAUCGUGUCGGUGUUCGGCAAGACCACGCUGGGCCUGACUUACUCACUGACCCUGGCCGAGGCCCUGCUGGCGCCGGCCAUCCCCUCCGUGGCGGCUCGCGCCGGGGGCCUCUUCCUGCCCCUGGCCAAGGCGCUGUGCCUGGCAUGCGGGUCUGACCCCGCCAACGGCACCGAGGGCAAGAUGGGGAGCUACCUGAUGAUGACGUGCUUCCUUUCCACCACCAUCUCCAGCGCCAUGUUCAUCACGGCCAUGGCGGCCAACCCUCUCGCCGUCAACCUGGCGGCGGAGACGUUGGGAUACACCAUCUCCUGGGGAACCUGGGCGCUGUCGGCCCUCGCCCCUGGCCUCGUGUGUCUGCUGCUCACCCCCGCCCUCAUGUACGUUCUGUACCCUCCCCAGGUCAAGGACACGCCUGACGCCCCCGCCAAGGCCAAGGAGGAGCUCAAGCGCCUGGGCCCAAUGAGCCGCGACGAGAAGAUCACGGCCUUUGCGCUGGGCCUGACGGUGUGCCUGUGGAUCGGCGGGCAGUCCCUGGGGAUCAACGCCGUGGCGGCCGCCCUCGCCGGCCUCUCCAUCCUGCUCGUCACCAAUGUGGUGACCUGGGAGCAGUGCCUGUCUGACAACCAGGCCUGGGACACGCUCACCUGGUUUGCGGCGCUCAUCGCCAUGGCUGCCUACCUCAACAAGUACGGCUUCAUCUCCUGGUUCUCCGACAAGGUGGUGGGCAUGGUGGGUGGCCUGGGCCUGAGCUGGCAGGCCGCCUUUGGCGUGGUCACCGCCCUCUACUUCUACUCGCACUACUUCUUCGCCAGCGGCGCCGCGCACAUCGGCGCUAUGUACACUGCCUUUGUCUCGGUGUCCAUCGCCUGCGGGACGCCUGGGAUCGUGGCCGCCCUGGCCCUGGGCCAGCUGUCCAACGUGAUGGGCUGCCUGACCACGUACGGCAUCGGCUCCGCCCCACCCUACUACGGCACGGGUUAUGUACCCCAGGCCAAGUGGUACCAAUUUGGCUUCAUCUUCUCCGUCAUCUACCUUGUCGUCUGGGUCGGCGUGGGAAGCGCUUGGUGGAAGGUGCUGGGCCUGUACUGA